CUACCAGUAAAACACUGAGGAAAAAUCAAUACUGAGCACAAAUAUUUCAAUUUUCAUACAUAACUGAUUAUGUCCUGUGGACGUGGUGGGUCACGAUCAUGGCACUUCACCAGCGUGUUCCAUGAUACAUGCACAUUCUCAUUACUACACUAUCCUAAAGGCAGAGCAACACGAAUGAAUUAAUUCAUUCAUGACCAAAUAUAAACAGUUUGUUAGACAACCUGUCUCAUUAUUCUUACAUUGUGUAGUGACUACAGACUCAGCCAUGAUCGGUCCAGGGUUGAUUAUUAACCAGCCAACAGGGGGGCGGCAGUGGUUGAGUCCAGGCACUACGCUGUCCAGCCUAGAGAAGGUUGGCCAUAUCUGUCUUUACUCUUAUUUUAUUCAUCUCAUCUUUUAAUCCCUUUUGUUUCUCAUCAUCUGCCUCCACAUCCGACACAGGCCAGGGUGGUUGUUUGGAAAUGAAGCUGUGUCUUCUUCUUGUCUUGAUUUGUCUCUGCCACCUGGGACUGACUGAGGAUCCCAGUCCAGGGGCUCCUGAUGUAUCCAGUCCUGUAGAUGAAGAGGAGGAGACAGAGGACACUGUUCACAGCUGUAGAGGAAGGACAUUCAGCCAUGAGGAACACAGGGCAAUAGGGGGCGCCAUAGAGCGACUUGGUUUACAGCUCCUGGAAAAUCUUCCUAUUGGUCCACAGCAGCCAAACGUCAUCCUAUCGCCUCUCAGCUUGGCCUUUGCCCUCGCUCAGCUCACCUUAGGCGCUCGAAACGAGACAGAGAAUCUGCUGCUGAAGAGCCUUCACGCCCACAGUCUGCCGUGUUACCAUCACAUACUGGGAAGCCUUGUGCCUCACUUCAGCAACACAUCGUUGGAGGUAGCAACACGGAUGUACCUGAGACCAGGAUUUGAAGUGAAGUUGUCUUUUAUUGAGGACUCUCUGGCCAGGUACCAAUCACAGCCUGUCCCUCUGGUCUCUGUAGAAGAGGUCAACCAAUGGGUGGAGAAUGUCACCAAUGGUCACAUCCCCAACUUCCUGGAAAGUAUUCCUCAUGACGUGGUGCUUAUGCUCAUGAACGCUGUGUACUUCAAAGGUGAAUGGCAGACUAGAUUUGACCCCCAAGUGACCUCUAAAGGAGUAUUCUACCUGGAUGGCCAGAAUUCAGUGUCGGUGGACAUGAUGAAGUCUGCCCAUUACCCCCUCCGCCUGCUGGAUGAUCCAGAGCUGGAAGCACAGGUUGCCAGUUUUCCCUUCAAGGGAAACACAAGCUUCUUAAUUGUCCUGCCCUUGCCAGGCAGGGUAAAUGUGUCAUCAGUGCUUCCCAAACUGAACAUCUCCGACCUCUACAGACGUCUACCUCUGGAGAAAACAAUGCAGGUCAACUUACCGAAGGUGAAGCUGCAGUACCGCCAGGAGCUGCAGGAGGCGCUGACCAGCAUGGGCCUCGGGUCUCUGUUUUCAGCCCCUGACCUCUCUGGGAUUUCUGACCAGCCUCUGAGGGUGUCGAGCGUCCGCCAUGCCAGCACCGUAGAACUCAGUGAAGAAGGAGUGGAGGCGUCGGCCACCACUGUUGUAUCCUCCAUGCGCUCCAUCUCCCUCUUCUCUGUCAACUCCCCCUUCCUCUUUGCCCUUGUCGAUGACGCCUCCCUCGUGCCCCUCUUCAUGGGCAUUGUCACAAACCCCGGCCCUGACAAUGACCCCAUGCUUAAUGAUGAUCCCCAAGGCAACAGCACCAUGAGCGACCAGCCUGUGACGGACAGUGUCAGGGAAAGAGACAUAAAUAUCACUCACAGCAACAGGUCGUGCAGCAAACUGGAGUCAGCAGAAGGCAGCAGCAUGCAGUCAUGCAGCGCCCCCGCUGGUGAGAAAGAGCAGCUGCAGAGCGUAAACUGACUGGAGGGCAGCAAUGGGCGGAAGAAGUCACAGGGAAAUGAAUCCUGACUCCAGACAACUCUGUUCCCGCUGAAGUUCGAAAUCUUAUUGGUUAAAGGAAAAGUUUGACAUUUUGGGCAAUAACGUUUGUUCUCUUUCUUGCUGACAGUUAGAUGUUCAUACUGAUCCCACUCACUUGUCUAUGUGGUAAAUAUGAAGUCCUAGCCAACACCUGGUUAGCUUAGCUUAG